AAGUGGAAAGUAGAUCAACACAAAAUGGACGUGAAUAAUCUGGGUGGAAAACUAAAGCGAUUUGCUGGUUCUGCCGGCACUGUUUUUAACAGAGCUGUACAGUUUACAGAGGAGAAGCUUGGAUCUGCUGAGAAGACAGAACUUGAUGCUCAUUUUGAAAAUCUCCUAAACCGGGCAGAAAAGACUCGAGUAUGGACCGACAAAACACUCCAUGCCACAGAGGCCCUUUUGCAGCCAAACCCAAACAUUCGCAUGGAGGAGAUGUUUUAUGAGAAACUGGACAAGAGGAAGAGAGACCGCAACAAUGUACAGGAGUCCCUGGGCUCUGUCCUGGUGGAUGCAGGCAACGAGCUUGGACCAGGCACCGCAUAUGGUAAUGCGCUGGUAAAGACAGGUCAGACAGAGAUUUUGAUAGGGAAUGCAUACAGAGAGUUUGUCACAUCAACAGCAAACAACUUCCUUCAACCACUACAGGGCUUCCUGGAGGGCGACAUGAAAACGAUAAUGAAGGAGAAGAAGAUUUUAGAAACAAAGCGGCUGGAUUUGGACUCAUGUAAAAGUCGUCUCCGUAAAGCGAAGCAGGUUGCAGUUCAAACUCAGGAUGAUGUGAUCAAUAAAGCGGAGGCAGAUCUGAGACAUGCCCAGUCGGAGUUUGACAGACAGGCUGAGAUCACUAAACUGCUCCUUGAGGGAAUUGCAAGCACACAUGCACAUCACCUAAGAUGUCUGAAUGACUUCAUAGAGGCUCAGAUGACAUUCCACGCCCAGUCACAGCAGUACAUGGCCGACCUGCAGAAACAGCUUGGCAGUUUUACGGCCAUUCCCGGGGUAACAGGCACUUCAUGCAACACCACGCCCAACAGUCUCGGUCUAAAUAACGCUAGCACUCUAUCACCCAACCCCUACCCACCCGCAAUACAGGUCACCGCGUCCACCCCUGCCUCCGAGAAAAAACAGGCGCGCGUUUUAUAUGAUUACGAUGCGGCAGACCCUUCAGAAUUAUCACUUUUAGCAGACGAGCUGAUUAUAGUCUACAAAUUACCAGGCAUGGGACCUGAUUGGUUGAUGGCUGACAGAGGAAGCCAAAAGGGGAGAGUACCAACAACAUAUUUAGACAUAUUAGAAUGAGGGUGGCUUAGGGUUUUUUAUUAUUUAAAUCUUAAAUGGUAUAAUGCUUUUUACUUCUUGUAAUAGAAUUUUUAAAUCUAAUCUGUAUUUGGCGUGAAAUUUAUUGAUACUGAAUUUACUUGCUUUCACAUUCAAUGGAGAUUGGUUCAUCUUCUUUUUGUCUCUGUGUCUCUAGAUUAUUUUUUUUAAAAACAUUAACAUAAUAAAAUCUUUACAAAAAAAGUACAGUAAUUAAUGUGUGAGUUGUAAUUUUAACCUUAAAUAAUUGUGUAGAAACAGUUAUCUAGCGUAUUACCAACAUUUUAUGUUGAGACUUAUUAUAAAGACUUAAGUGGCAAGGAAUUUUAAAGCAUUGUUAGAAAUACAGAUUUCAGUCAAACAAUAUUUAUAUAUUGGUAGGCUGUGCAAUGAUGUAUUUUUACUAACCAAACUUUUUAAAAUUGAUUUGUUUAAUGUUAUGAUGUAUUUUUUGUCCCAAUCAAUCAUGAGAAGUAGGACAAAAUAAUUUUCUUUGGUGGAUGAAAAUAAUUCAUUAUGAUAAUUAGCAUAUCAUUUCAUUUUUUCUGUGCAAAACAAUUGGAAGGCAUCAUAAUUAGAUAAACAUUUGGUUGUAAGUUGUAUUUUGUUGCUGUCUUUAUUUCAUUUGAUGACAGAAAACAUCUUUUCUAUCAUACCUCCAUUUUAAAAUGUACAGUGACCAUCAAUGUGAAUGUUUAUCACUAAGAGUGACUUGAUUGCUCGUGUGUACAGUAAACAUAUUUAUGUCAUCAUGUACAAAUUGAUGCAGAAAAUGGAACCAUUGUAAAUGCUAUGGUGUUCCAUUCUGGACAAAGUAUUACUAUAUAGCAGGGUUGUGUAAACAUUAAAUAUUGCCACAUAUAAGGCCCAGUGAUUGACUGCUUUCUUUUGGUGUAUUAAUUCAUGAUCUGAUGGGUACAUCAUUAUUUCGGAAUCUGUGAACAAAUCUUGUAACCAUAUUGUUGUAGGUUUACCAUGUGAACAUAUAUUAGAGAUUUUAUUUGAGAGAUCCAUUCCACUUAGAUCAAUAUAAUGGUAGCAACUAGAUUUAGUUAUUGUUUCUAAUGAUAGCAUGCAGGAGACAGUGUGACUGUUCAUACAAAUUAGUUUUAGAUUCAUUACUGUGACUUAAGUUUCAUAGCACUGGCUAAUCGGGGACAACACUUUCCGCGUAUUAUAGUAUUUUUUGUUUAACCCUUUCCCUCUCAGAAGCAAAGUGAAAAUGCUAUGUGCAAACAGCAUAAAACCAGAACAGCCUGCGAGUAACUCGCAGUCUGUUCAGGUUUUAUGCUGUUUGCUGCUCAUCAGUAACUAUGGGUUGGAAAUGAAGCCUUUAAAGUUUGAAUCUAGCAAAAGAUAUCUUAAAUUUGAUUUCAUUUUAUAAGGGCUACAAACAUGUCAAAAUACUAAUCUAAGUGGUAAAGUGUUAAACGAGGUCUUAACAAAAAUACCGUCUAGGCGGAAUGUGUCCUCCCCGAUUAGUAUUGUCUGCACAUGCAUAUGAGGGAUAAUAUUUCCCGCCUAGAUUUUCAUUUAGAGACAACUUUCUUGAAACAAGAAAUUCAAUAACCGGAAAGUGUCGUCCAUGAUUACCGUGCGAGGACUGCAAAUGCUAAUCUGGGACAACUAAUGCACUUGCAUUUAGCCCUGUUUUUUCAGUGCAAGGAUCAUUAAAAGUGAAAGGCUUUUAAAUAUAAAGUUUUAAUAUAGUUAAGUUGACAUCUGUAUAUAUACAAUCAAUCCAGACAUAAAUUAUUCAAAUGGACAUGAGUGUUCAAACUUCAUGUUGAAAGUUGUGUGCUUGAAAAAUGUAAAAGGCAUUCAUUCAUGAUCACUUGAAUAUAUUUUGAUAUAGAUGAAUUCUUCUUUAUGAUAAUCAAUAAUCCAGAUACUGUUUAAUUUUUUUUUAGAGUUUUGGUUUCAAUUGUUUGAAUUGUUUAUAAGUUUUAAAAAUAUUUUUCAUGUAAGAUUCCUGUUAGCUUUUUUACGUUCUUGGAUGUUUUGUUGCGAUCAGAGCUUAGAUAAAACAUGAUUAUUAAUAUGUGUCUUGGUGUUCGCAAAUAAAAAUGUAGUGCUGUUGUGUGCAAUAUUCAUUCAAUUGUUGUUGUUGCUUUAUUAUUUUUAUUUCCGGUUUUCUUGCAGUGUAAGUUAUGUUUGUGCAAUUACUGUCAGCCAAUGUAUACAUGUUGCAUUUAUACAUCACAUACACAUUUCACCCUCAACCUUGAUCGUAUAUACAAUGUAUGUAUAUAUGGAAUAUUACGCUAGUUUGGUGUUCCAAGAACAGUGUUGUAUUUCCUCAAGGGCACCUGACACAACAAACAACACUUUACCAGAACACCAUGCUUAUGUAUAUUCCAUUAUUAUAUACCUGUUUUUGUUAAAUACCAAAAUUAAGUCAUUAACUAUGUAAUGUCAAGUAUUUUUAAACCCUGAACAAUGUUGCAUCAAUGCAUGGCAUUGAUGUCACUUCCUGUGCAAAUUAAAAAAUGUCCACAUUUGUCAAAGUUAAACAAACCUUUGUUUUGACUCAAGAGAGUAGCGGUAGUCCAGCUACGUGUAUGAUAUGGGGGAAAAAAUCUGGAAGUUACUGUCUUGUAUUUCAGAGUUAAUACAAUAUGUAUUGGUGGCAGAAAAAAAGGUAUAUCAUGAAUUCACGUGUAGUGACAGUAUUUGAUUUAUGAAUGAGCGAUACCUUUAUAACAUGCUUUACUGGUAGUUUCUUAGAUGCUUAGAUUAUGAGGGACAACCUGAUUUAUCUGUUUUAAACGCGAAACUAUUACUGAUACAAUCACUGCUGCUGAGUUGAGGGUAUAAAUGUUGUAUCUUUUGAAAAUGAUUACCGGGUACAUUAGUUAGAAUAGUCUUGCAUUCAUUAUCUUUGAAAUUUUGUCUGGCUACUCACUAUAACAUAUGCUUUAUAGUACCUUGUAUUUUCAGCAACUAUUUGUAAAUGUUAGCAACCAGUUACAAAGUUUUCUUUAAACUUUAACCUCUGCACUAGCUUUUGUAAAACAUAGAUUUGAUGUACAUUUUUGUAUAUGUAUUGCAUAGCCACAUUGCAAUUUAGGAAAAAAUAAGUACAUGCACAAAAUAAGGUGCACAUACUUCCAUAAGAUGCACAUUAACGUGUUACCGGGUAUUUGUAUUUAUGUGGGUUUUUUGCACACACAAAAAUAUGUGUUUUUCAUUAAAUUAUGCUGAAAAGUCCAUUUUUAAGUGUAAACUUAAAUUGGCAUCAAUUUGUUAUAGAAAUUGACUAAAUGAGGAAAAAGAAUUCAAUUUUAUUUCUGCACACAAUAAGGUCAUCAUGCAGGAACCAUAAACAAACUUGAGGUUAUUCUAAAAUAUUACAAAUAAAGUACAAAAUAAUUAUUUACCACUGCUGGAAAAAAAUGCAAAUUUAUAGCGCAGAUUUAGUCUUGGAUAACAAUAUUUUAGUCAUUUAGCCUGGGGUGUGUUAAAUGAUUUGGGAAAUCUAAUUGAAUUACUUUUUUUUUCUUUUAUUGCUCUAUUCCAGAUGAAAAUAAUUUUGUAUAGAAAAUUAUGUUUAUUUGCACUGUGUAUAAAAUAUGUGUCAGAAUCUGUGUACGUUGGUGUGUUUAUAGUACUAAAAUAUGGAAAUAUAUGAAAUAUCAAUAUUAUAGCUUGAUUGUGUUUAUUUUGCUUCUAAGUUUGCCAUGUUUAAAUACUAUGCAAGAUUCAGGCACACAUGCUGCAAAAAAUCCAAACUACUUGAGAAAUAUUCAACAAAAUUAAGUUUGGGACAUUUAAGAAAAUAUUUAAGAAAUCACUUUAUAUAUAAUCUAUGUAACACAUGUAUCAGUAUGUACUAAGGAAAACAAUAAGAUUUAAAACUUUAAUUUAUAUUGCAAGGAAAAAAUUGAGAUUUAAAACUUUAAUUUAUAUUGCAAUUUGUAUUCACAAUGUGUAUCAUUCUCACCUUUAAGCACUCUGUACCAUGUAGUUUGGUAGCGAACCCUACAGUAUAUGUACCCUAGCUGGCCUUUUCAGUUUGACAUACCAAAAAGCAUAAUGGUAGUUGAUCUUGAAAUACUUGCAUCUGCUUAACCAGUUCAUAUCUUAUCCAGUAUUUAUUUAAUUGAAUCACAAUUUGGUCAGUAACGAUGCACUUUUCACCCUUUCUAUCACCACUUUGAUGUAAAUUUUAUGUUUAUAUAUAUAUCCAAUGGUAUUGUCAAUUUUAAGAUUUAAUGUGUGGGUGUGAAUAUAAUAAUGCAGUCAUUCCCUGUACAUGACUAUUAAAGUUGAAAUCAGA